UUCAAUAUCUUUUGGAUCAUCUUAUGACUCUCAAAUUUUAAUUGAAACAAACAUAAACAAGGAACUAGGAUUUCUUUGUGCCUACGUUUACACCGACACUAUCAGAUACGCGCAUUAUUCAAUUGAUGAAAAUGGAACUCUAUUAAAUUUGACAAAAUAUGAGAUUCCCGAAUGGCCAUUUGGCCUUAUUACCCUUUUUACGUCAUUGGCCACUGUUGAUGAAGGUUAUGUAAUAUUGUAUGCCGAAUAUUCAGUCAAUGAAGCCGAUAUUAUGAGUUCAUUAGGCGGAUU